CGCUCUCGCGACAGCUCCGCAUAGAAAAUGGCCCCGCGGUGGCGCCGCCGCUGAUGCGCGUUACGGGCGGCGCCGGCCCCGCCGCAGCCCCGAAGGCACCAUUGGUGACGUGUUCCUCACCCCAAGCCCAGCACCAGCCAGGCCAUGAAGACAGAGAAGGACGAGGCUGUGCCCACCUUCUCCUUGGGGGGUAAAUACACCAGAGAGGGGGCAGGUUGCAGUGAAGUGGCUCUGCCUGGUGUCCCAGUGCCAGUGAGCGGAGGGACCCCAACCCAGGACCUCCGGCCGCUGAAGCGCAGAACUGUCCCAGGGAAACACUACCAGUGUUCAAGCUACGGCUGCAAACUGACCUUCCCCAGCAUGCAGGAGCUGAUGGACCACCUGAAGGUCCACUACAGACCCACGCAGUCCCUCGAGGGUAAAACCUUCCAGUGCCCCACACUGGGCUGCACAGAGACCUUCCCCAGCAUGCAGGACCUCAUGGCCCACAUGAAGGUUCACUACAAACCAAACCGCUACUUCAAGUGUGAGAACUGCCUGCUGCGUUUCCGGACACACCGCUCCCUCUUCAAACACCUCCACGUCUGCUCCGACAGCGCCGGCAGCCCACCCCCACCUCCCAAAACCGACAAGCCCACCCCGCCUGCUACCUCCACCCUGGAGAAAGACCCCCCGGCCAAACCACCCGAGGGGUUGCCCAAACUCCCGAGGGUUAUCCGCUCCCCGGAGAACGAAGCCAUCCUCCCCGGUGUGGACACUGCCCCGCUGGCUCCCGCCAGCCUCCCCGAGCUGCCGGGCUCGCUGCCACUGGUCUCGCCAGCCCCCCACCCCUUCCCUCUGCUGGAGCCCAACCUUUUCGGGCCAUCGUCCUUGACUCGGUUCUCCGGGCCGCCCCCCUCCUCGGUUCCGGGGCCGUUCCUCUCCUACGUGCACCCUUCACCCUAUGGCUUGGCCCAGCCCCCGGCUCAGCACCGCCUGCGGCCAUACCUGCCGGGCCAUGGCCCCCCCGUCUCCAACGCCGUCUGGAAGAAAAGCCAAGGUGUGAGUGUCAGCCCACUCCUCCCAUGCUUUGGCUCAGGAGUGACUCCAGGGCACCCCUCCAACAGCCGCAUUGUGUGGGAGCACACGCGGGGCCGCUACACCUGCACGCAGUGCCCCUUCUCCACGGCCUCCCGGGAGGAGAUGACCCUGCACAUCGAGGACCACCGCAAGAACCCCCCGCAGCCCCCCCGCCUCGACACAGACGUGGAUUUCGGGGUGGGCCUCGCCUCCUUCCACACGAAGCUGACGCCAGAGAUGGAGAAUUCCCUCUACUCCCAGCUCUGAUGGCCCCAGCACCCAGGGGACUGCUUCUGAGCCUUCCCCAACUCCUCCCCAGCUGGCAGGGGGGCACUGCACAGCCCCCUGCCACCAAACUGGGACAGGGACCCCUCCCCGGGUACCAGGAGCAUCCCCCAGCACGGGGUGGCAGAGGGGGUGGGUGGUUUGUUGGUUUGGUUUUGGUUUUUUUCUUUUUCCUCUUGAAUUUUUUUAAAACCCCCCCCCUUUUGUUUUUGGAAACUCUAAGCACUUGGAACCUCCUUCCCCAUUCCCACCCCACCCCAUCUCCCUCCUCUAAAGAUUUUGUUGCUUCUGCUGCAAGGGCUCUGGGGGAGCCCAGUAGGUUGCUCAGGAGUUAGUGGACUUCUCUGGAAUGAGGUCUGGAAAUAAUAAAUGGGAAU